AUGAGUUUCUGCCAGCACUGCAUCCAAGGCGUACGCCACGAGGGUGAGCCUGAAGGAACACUCGAGACCAUCGGCGGUGUCGCUUGCUACAUCGCCACACCUACUAUCGACUAUGUCAAGGACAAAGUCAUCCUCUUGCUACCAGAUGCCUUCGGUAUCGGGCUCAUCAAUUCCAAGCUGAUGACUUUGCGAAAAACGGCUUCAAGAUUUGCGCCCAAAGAUGUACAAGUACACGGAUACGACAUCGGCACCGUACAGGUCGUUGUGAUCGACUACUACAACGGCGACUCUCUUCCCCCUGAUGCCUUGAACGAUAAAACAUUGAACUUCAGGGGGUGGCUUGCCACCCAUGGCGCCGAGGUGACCUGCCUGCCCCUCGACAAGGUCAUCGCCGCGCUCACGGAGGAAGGCAUCACCAGAUUCGGGGCCACUAGUUACUGCUUCGGCGGUAGAUAUACAUUUGUCAUUGCAUUCGACAAAGUCAUCCAAUGCGCCGUCGUCGCUCACCCCUCGCUCUUGGAAGUCCCCAAAGACCUCGAGGCAACCCUCAUCACAUACUUCAUAAAAGCAAAAGUACCUCUCCUUAUCAAUGCAUGCAAGAACGAUAGGUCGUUCCCUGCGGAAUCCCAAGCGAAGGCUGGCGAGAUUUCUGGGGAUGGGAAGUUUGCUCCAGGAUACAGGCUCGAGUAUUUCCCUGGUUGCACGCAUGAGUUUGCUGUCCGUGGGGAUCUGACUGACCCACUUGUCAAGGCUGGGAAGGAGGAGGGAUCGUUCAAAACUAGCGUGGGGUUCUUCCUGACGUACCUGUGA